AUGGGGGGCUCAGGGGGACAGCUGCGCUUACUGCUGUGGAAGGAUUACCUCAUGAGGAAAAGGAAACCAAUUACUAUUGUCGGUCUACUCUGGGCUGUUGGGGUCAUCUCCAGUAUUUGCAUCGUUCGAUAUAAUAUCGACAAUCAGGAUUUCCCUACAUGUCAAUUUGCAGCCCGAGCAUUGCCCAGCGCUGGUCUCCUGACUUUCUUGCAGUCAUUCAUAUGCAAUGUUAACAACGAUUGUUCCACGAUGGAACAGUUUGAAGAGAUACCAACCUAUGAAAACUCAAAAUUAACGCAAUUAAAACGUCAAUUGGGCCCGGUUAUUUACAACGAAAGCGUGAUCGAGGUGGCAGGUUCCAUUCCCGACGCGCUAAAACUUCUUGCAACAAUUGCUGACGUUGCAGACGAGCCUACGUUUUUGGAAAUCACCAAAAACGGACUAAAGGUGGAAGAUAUAUUUCAAAAUCCGAAGCGAGUGAAGCGUUAUCUCAUGAAUGAGAUGGAAUUUUCAAAUGACGUCACAAAUUCUCUAAUGUCAGCUCACCUCGGCCUAGCAGCAAUUUUGGAAGGUGAUCUAGACAGAUGCAGCGAAUCCUCCAUGAUGAGAACGAUAAGGAUAGAAAAUCCGCAACAACUCACCAUCUUCGUGCACAAACUGUGUUCUUUGUCAGAGCAAGAUUUACAGAAGUUAUUUACCGAUUUACUAUUGGAACUCGACAUCGGGAAAUAUGUCACGAUGGCUGGCAACAUGUAUGAGAAGGUAUCCGGUGACCAACGAGUAACCCAGCUAGGACGAUUGAGCACAGCCGUUUUACGCAUGCUCUCUCCAAGAAACUUCCUUCCACCAGAACUUAACGGCAUUCUCUAUGGUGAUCAAGACAACUUCUCAUAUGUCCCCUUAUCUAUGAUUAAUAAACUAAUGAAUCUCUUUCAACCAACCUUCCAAGAUACAGUAUCAUACAAAACCUUAAAGGAUUUUACAGACGCGUUAAUUGUAGGCAUAAAAUAUUUAAAUUCAGUGCUUAAAACUGAAGACAGUGACUUUAACGAAGACGUACAGUUGAAAAGAAUGUCUAAUAUAUUGAAUAAAGCCGUAGCUGUUGCCCAGGAUAUCUCUGAUAAUGAUACUACUAUUGAUGCAUUUAGUGUAUUAACUAGAAUAACAAAUUUAGCCCUUAAAUUCUUAACGAAAGAACAAAAACACAAUGUUCUGUUUUAUUCGACGCUUCUUUCGAAGCUAGUCGAAGUGGCACACAAGAUGAUCAAUAUCAAUACUAAUAUACAUCAGUUGAUCUACGACGUGUCCUUGCGCAACCCCAAAGGCGUAAGAGUCCUAUUGAGUCUCCCUUUGCAGGCAGUUGCUAAAGGGCUAGAUGGCUUAGCAGACCCGGAACGCGCACAAAUAAUAACUUCUAAUAUAGAUGACCCAGUUCAGCCAUUCUGUGACUUGAAAAAGAUACGUAAGUUUUUUCUCGUAUCUAAAGAUGAGGCUAUGAAUUUAAAGUCACGCCUUUGUACAGACGCUUGGAAAAUCUACGUCAAUGAUAUGAUUACAUCCUUCGGAACCUACGAAGCUAAGGCUAAUAUAAAUGCUAUAGCAUCACUGUUUAUAAUGGAUGCAGUAGGAAGUGAUAUUUCAGAUCAAUUGUACGCAAUAGACAAGGAUUUUGAGGUUCUAAAAAAUUUUACUCAGCUCAUUACCGAUUUGGAUAAAAAGGAAACGCCCAAUUUGGACUGGAAUAGUAUUUUUGAUACGAAAAGAGAUGCAGAAUUUUUAAAAGUUGUCAAGCUAAAAGAAAACCUUGGAAAAUUAAUUUUGCUAACAGUCCAUGGUUGUCUAGCUAAGGAAGUAGUUAUUCAAAAUCCCUUGUUAGAAUUUAAAGUCAGCCCCUUUCUUAAGGACACCACGACCAUGGUAACUGUCGUGAAUGAGCAAUUGGCGUUAUCGUCGAAGGAGACGGCUGAGAAAGCUAAGAAAAUAUAUCCAGACUUGUUAAUGGUUCUGGCAUUAACUGCGCUAGAUGAAAAGAAGACUUUUAAAUCCCUAUCGACGCCAAGUAAAAACAUCUUUUGCCACGGCGUUGAAGAAGCUUCGGCUUACUUAAGCUUUCCUGAUAUUGAUCGAAGCAGCUUCGUGAUUACUCAGUGUGAUGUAUCUAACGAAAUCGAAAACGCUUUAAACGCCGAUUCUGUCUUAUCCAAAGGUAUAGCUGCUGUCAAGAGGGCGAAUCACAGUGUUGUAGAAGAAAUUAACUGGACGAAAUUGAUCAGAGGUCUAAAGGAGAUGUACAUGACUAUAGAAGAGGAUUACCCUUAUGUUCUGGAGUUCCGAAGCUAUGGAAUGGACAAAAUGGCGCAGCAGCACAUCGAACAACUGUUUCUACAGGCUAAAAGUUAUUGGUUCAGUUUAAGAAGCUUAAAAAGAAUAUGCAUACUAAGUAUAAACAUUGGUUUUCGCGUCAUGGAUCUUCUUGAUUACGAUGCAUUUAAUCUAUCCCAAGAGUUUUGGCUGAAAAUCAAAUAUUACUUCGCCAUUUCCACGGGACCCAUGAAUGUUAUCAACGAUUUUAUUGAACUAGUGCACGAUAUAUCGAAGAAUACAACGCCUCUAACUGACAUCCCGUUGGAAACAGCAACCAUUAUGAAUUCAGCAUUAUCGAAUUUACCAAAUCUUGUGGUGGAAACGGUUGACAUUGUAGUCAAGAAUGAUGUCAAGGUAGACUCUAUUUUGAACAUCCUCAAUUCAGCUUCACCUUGGCCAUGCGGCUCUAGUCUUACUGAAUUAGUGCAGUUCUCUCCACCUUCAAAUAAGGCUGUCCAAUCCCUUGAAUCUCUGAUAUGUUUUAAUAAAACUUUCCAAGGUGAAUGGAAAGCGUAUUUAGAUCAAAAGAACGUUACUAUGUAUAAAAGUACCCAAUGGAAUGUAACUAAAUUAGCACCACACGUUUUCUUAAAGUUUGCUGAAGUUUUCGAUAGAACUCUAGAUAAUUUUGAUGUUCUUGGAGAAAUAUUUCAAAACACGAUUCAAGACUCUGAUAAUGGAAAAUUAACCAUCAUGGCAGCAUGGAAGUAUACCAUCGAUACUUUCAAUACCUCUGACGGAGACGUUAUACUAAGGAAAUUUUUCACAAAAGUUGAUGCCGUUAUCAAUUCUAUAAACAUUUCAACUGCGAACAAUGUGUCACUACACACAUUGUGGCAAGACUAUAUUAACUGCACCGAUUCUGUGUACAUGGAUAACGCAUGCAGGGAGACAGGCAGAGCCACGUGGACUAACACGUUAAAAUUUAUAUCUAUGGCUAUGGGAAAUUUUACUGAUGACUUCGGGACUUAUAUGAAAGAAGCUAAUGCUGAAAAUGCAACGAUACUACAGAUGGUUGGCUUCACAAGCAAAUCAAUGCUAUAUAAGAUGUAUGAAAAAGUCCCGGAAUUAAUCGGCGUAUUAAUUAAUUCUUACUGGGAUUUAGGUUUUAUGCAACAGGUACGUCGAGCCUCGCUAACACAGUUUUGGGAUUGUGAAGCGCUAUUGACAUCUUUGAAUCCGGGACCAGAUAGCUCAAUUACUCCAGAAAUGCUGCGCAGUUUUGAACCGCUGAUCUGCCCUUCUAUGUUAUACUGGUUAUCCAUGCCUACUGGAGCUAAUUCACUCUUGGAUAUAAUCGCUAAACCGCAAUAUUUAUUUUUUACGCUACAUACAACGAAAUUUUCUAGUAACUUUAACAAGGCGUACGUUACUUCAAUUGAUUUAUUAAACGUUCUCCGGGAAUUGGGAGCUCAGAAUGCUAUUAUUAAAAUUGAUCUAUCAAUAGAAACUCUUAAGUCAAAGUUAGAAAACACUAUUGAUGCUGUGGUAUCGUAUAGAAUAGAGAAAAAUGAUCCAUCAUAUAUUGCGUUUAAUGAAAUGCUUAUAAAACAAUCAGUUUCCACAAUAUAUUUGACUAGGACUGUUGCUAUAGUAAAUAGAAUGUCCGAUCUAUUGAAAAGUGUAAAAAUCGAUGAUGUAAUAACCAACGUAUCGGACGAAGAUAAGAAAGCAAUUGAAAACGACAUUAUUUCUAUCAAAAGACUAUAUACGAGACGGGCGUCAGAAAUUAUUGGAAUACAUUUUGACGUAAUAACGGACGUGCUAUGGACGAACAGAAAUGAUUUUAAGAUCACUAAUGCUUUAGAGAUUAUGUGUGACAAUUUGAAAAAUAAUGACACUAGCAAAGAAAUCUUAGGAGAAAGUACAAGAAUAAGAGCUAUCAUUUGCUCUAAACAGUACAAAAUUGUAUACAGUGCGGUACAACAUGUUGUUGAUGACCACUUAGAGGACGAUAGAAGGAGUCUCUCGAAUAUAAUCAAAGUCCUACAGAACGAAAGCUCUGAGGACGUAUCUAAUAUUUUUGAAUUUAUUAAAAACAGAUCAUCGAUUGUAUCAGCGUUAAAGCGAUCUAUAAAGUAUGCAUCAGACUUAGAUAUCCCUAUCUACCUUCAGUAUUUACACAGUAAUAUCGAACAUUAUAACGUGAUUCUUAAUUUCCUCGCCGGUAACGAUUGGUGGGGAGAACUGAGAAGUAUAUACACGGGACCUCUGUCGACAACUUUCCUAGAUUCCGUGGAAAGGAUUUUCGAUAUUGCAGACGAUGUUCUUCAUAAUCUGGAUAAAAUACGUCUAGUGAAGGUAUUUCGUGAUGUAAACAUUAACAAUACGGAAUCAUUUUGUCUCCCGAAUAUGACUUUAUCGGACUACAUCCCAGAUGGCACCGGUCUUCUGUCUUCUCUGCACCAUCAAAUAUGCGGCGACAAGAUAAAAUUAUUUAAAGAGAUACCACCUCUUCUGUUCGCCUCUCAGGGCUACGAGGAGGAAUUGAGUUUACCCACUACGGUUAACUACCACGACCUGAAUGGAGACAUAACUCGGGCAGAGGCAUUACUGGCUUCUAUAGUUCGAGAGCCCCAGCCCCCACAACUUCCAGUCUGGGUCACCGAACAUAAUGUAGCCAGAUUCAAGAGUGCCAUGCUCAAUGUAUUGACUAAUGAAACGUUAACCAAGAUAUCUUUUGGCCUAAUUGUCAACGUGGUAGACGCAAGCACACUUUAUUUAAAGGAUACUUACUGUGGGGCUUGUUCGCAAGUUACCAGUUGGGCUAAACAGAUCACGUUACAGCUUUUCAAAAAGCCAGAGUACGAAAAUUUCUUAUGCUCUGUCCGCGAGAUGGAUCUGGAUGAAAUAUAUUUAGCGCUCAAAAACCACUUCCAUUGGGAUAUGGCGAUCGGCGAGCUCAUAGCAACACGCAACUACACUAAGUAUGAGUUGAACAAAUCGAUAAAUGAAAUGCUGGAGCAAAUCAAAUUGAAUCUCUUGGAGGACAUGACAGCUAACAGGAGUGUGCUGGAGUGCCUGGAAGAAAAUGCAAAAAGGAAUCAUUUUAGUAUCGCUACUUUAGCUAAUGAGAUUAUAUAUCGCAUCAUACGACUAUUUCGAGCUGAUCUUCCACAUCUUCAAGACGUAGCCGGCUUUACUAGACUCCCUUAUGUAAUUCAACUUCAAAAAGAUGUUGCUCAUAACUUAGACGUUUCCAUUUCGUUAGAAAAACUUAUGCAAAACAAUGAUAAUGCAACAAAUGUUUUGGGCGAUACUUUGGAUAAAUACGGUCUUCAUGCAUUCAAGCAUUCUGGUCUUAAUUUAUUUUCGGUAAAUGGAUUUCCAGUAGAAACGACUUCUUUCAAAUUUCACAAAAACCUCUGCAAACUAUACAAUUGUACACAAAUGGCAUACGUUCUUCGAGAAAUCUUAAAUUCUACAUUAAUAAAGGAAAUGAUAUCCAAGUUGCCGGAACUCCAGGAAAAAGAAUUUUGGCGUUUCAACUUCAUCGCCAAUAUUCUAGAACCAAUCGAAGCAGUACUGGAACAAGCUGGAAUGAUAUUGAGGCUCUUGAGUCGGAUGGAUAUGAAAGGAGUGUUUAACGGAAAUUUAAAAGCGUUGAUAGAUUUUCUGAUGCAACUUAUAAUGAAUGAUAGUUCAUCUGGUUUUAUUGGCAGUAUUAAAGCGAUCGUAAACGAAACGGCUCCACUGCUGCAGGGCACCGUUCUUGAAACUGAUAUCUUAGCACUCGCUGAUGGUCUCCAAGUUCUGACGACAUUCCGAAACUAUAUUGUUGAUAAUGAUAUUAACAUUACCCUAUCUGAUAUAUUCACAUCUCCACAUCGGUUAAAGAUGUCGUUUGAGAACAUCGGAUUGAAUAAUUCUGAAUUCUGGAAAUACGCUCCUAAUUUGUACAACGGUCACAUAUCAUUAAAGCCGCUGUUUUCACAAGAAGAUGGUAUCUAUAAUAUUAGAAAAUUUGUUUGCGAAGAAGACAGCAUAUCCCAAGUGCUUAUUCCAGGUGACUUGGAUAGUUUUACUUCAAAGGAAUUCGAUUUAGUGGUUAAAGAACAGUUCUGUCUUAUAGAUGACGUUCAGGCAAAGAGUAUAGUGCCGGUUUUGAUCGAAAACAUCAAUUUUAGUUUUAUCAUGGAUAAGGUUAAAUCAUUUCUCUUAUCCAAAUUGUAUGCAGCAUCUAACUUAACUGCCAUAGAAGGUAACACUAUAUUCUCCAAAGUAUCAGACAUGGCAACACUGAUUCCUCUAGUGCAGCAAAAUAUUGGCACCCUAACCGACAGUCUAGCCAAGGAACCGUUGAUACAGCGACUUAAGGGCGGCUUUUCUAUUGGAGGGCUUAUGUCUUCUCCCGAAAUGUUAGCUGACGUGGGAAACAUGGUGUGUGGAAAGCCUUUCUUUUCCGGAGUCAGCAGGUUCUAUAAAAGCAUCGUGAGCAGCGUAGACCUAUCUUCUCAACCUGAAGAAGAACAACUACAAGCUUUGCCUACGGACUUCUGUCGGUCUGUAUAUACCGAGGUUGUGAAUAUGGAAGGUGGAAAAAUUGUGUGGAGCUUCAUCAAACCGCUGCUCAUGGGCAAAAUUCUAUACACACCGCCCAGUCAUAUUGUGCAACGGAUUAUCGAAAAGGCAAAUGGCACUUUCUCCCCGAUGGUACAACUUUUCGACCUGGUUCACUCUUUCGCCCACGCCUUCUCCUCGGUAGACAGGAUAUCUGCGCACAAAGCUGGACUGAUAGCUUUGCACGAUAUGUUAGGGGAUGAACAGUAUCAAGAAAUAAGAGUGGCCUUACUCGGAAACAUGUCCGUCCCUCGAAUAGAUUUGGAUGAACUUCUCGGCGGGAUUGGCGAUACGGAAAGCCUAGGACGCUUGCUAAUGACAGCGUCAAAUUUCAUGCGAUGCGUGAACCUGGACAGAUUUAAAGCAGUGCCCGAUGAACAUAAGCUGACAGAGGAGGCCGUUAGGCUGACUAGGGUUAACGAGUUCACGGCUGGUCUAGUAUUCCUUAAUGCAACUGAAUUGCCGGGCGGUGCACUAGCAAACAUAGAAUAUAAGAUACGCGUGGACAUUGACAAUGCACCAACCACUAAGCGUACUAAGAACUACCUUUGGACUCCUGGACCCGAAGCCGGAUUCCUGGAAAACAUGCGCUACUUCCGCGGUUUCAUCCAAAUCCAGGAUAUCAUAGAAAAGGCUAUCAUUCAACUCUCUGCCUCCAGCAGAACAAAGAGAGAAGUACCUGCUAAUGCGGACUUGGACUGGUCUAUUUACACGCAACAGAAUCCUUACCCCUGUUACCGGAAAGAUUUAUUCCAAACAUCCCUAUAUGAGUCUCAAGCACUGAUCGUUGCAUUCUUCUUCUCUUUCCUCUUCACUGUGUCUUCAGCUGUCCGGUUUAUAUUGGCCGACAAGGAAUCUGGUAACACUAUGCUUAUGUCAGUGAUGGGAGUGAACCUGAGCUACCACACAUUCUCCUGGUUUCUCUGCUCACUCGUGGAGAUGUCACUGACGAUGUUCCUCGCCUGCCUCGUGCUAUAUUAUGGCCACAUUCUGCCGCGCACAGCUCCAUCGCUCACUUUUACGCUGCUCUUCAUAUUUGGAUUAUCUGUGCUCAGUUUCUGUUACUUGAUGGGAAAACUGUUCAAGACAGCAAGUGUUGGUGCGAUAUGUGCAGCUUUGGGCUACCUGACCACCUUCAUGCCUUUCGUCCUCAUUCUCUCCUUAGAGGCUGUUCUCACCAGCGGUCUUAAGAUAUUUGUGAGUCUAUCCAUGUCAUCAUCCCUUUGCUAUGCGUUCCUGUUCAUCGGUCGUUUCGAGGCGAUGGGCAUUGGGGCAGGCUGGGCCCAGCUGUGGGACUCGCCAGACAACUCCGGCGACAUGAAUAUUGCUGUAGCAGCUAUAAUGAUGCUAGUGGAUGCUUGCCUUUACUUUGUAAUUGGUUAUUUAGUGGAAAUGUUUUGGGGUCUGAAGAAAGUCCAAAGCAACGUGACGCACAUAGCUUCUACUGACGAGAAAGCUGGCGUAAGCAUCAUUAAUAUAACUAAGGUGUACGGUCGAGGAUCCAAGCCCGCAUUAGCCGGGGUAAGUGUGGAGUUGCGCCCGGGACAAGUCACCACUCUAUUGGGACAUAAUGGGGCUGGAAAGAGUACACUUCUUAACAUACUAACCGGCAUGCUGAAACCAACCUCUGGACAAGUUGUGAUCAGGUCUGACAAUGGCGGGGUGACUCGAAUCGGGGUUUGCCCACAACGCGACGUCCUCUACGAACACAUGACUGCUCGAGAACACGUCUAUUUGUAUGCCAGGCUCCGGCAGGCACCAAAUAGCGAAAUUGAUAGCAUCCUGAAAGUAGUAUCUCUGGGCCAUGUCAGCUCGGAACUGGUGAGCAGAUUGUCAGGCGGAACGCGACGUCGACUGUGUGUCGCACUAGCUUUUGUGGGUCAGCCACACCUCGUUACUUUGGACGAACCCACAUCUGGCGUGGAUCCACAGGCGCGGAGGGAGAUCUGGUCAAUGAUAAUGAAACUGCGCGAAAAUAGGACAAUCCUACUGACCACUCACCAUUUGGACGAAGCGGAGCUGCUGAGUGACCAAGUUGUCAUCAUGCAUAAGGGUCAUAUACACACAACUGGUUCUCCAAUAGAAAUUAAGAGAUCUCUUGGCUCCGGAUACAAAUUAACAGUCAGUUUUGACAAGUCUGAAGACCAAUCAGCUACAGAUAUAGAAGAGAAAACUAAGACCGUUCUAGAGGUCACUAAGAACGUUGUAAAGAACGCGAGCCUGCUGGAUGUGAGUGGAAGAGAAGUUGAAAUCAAUGUGCCCUUCUAUGAUGAGCAUGGUGUUAGUAACGACUUUGAGACGCUGUGUUCGACGUUGGAACAAGGCGCGAGCUGGCUAGAGUUCCGUACCUUCAACAUGGAGUGUACCAGUCUCGAACAGGUCUUCUUCAACAUCUGCAAUCAGGAGCAUCACAAUGUACCUUCCGCUACCGACACAGCAUCUAAAAGUGCCUCGACGUCAAGUAUCAAGACUGAUAGUGCCCCUCUCGUUCCUCCUGAUGGGCCCCUCAAGGGCACAUCACUACAGCAGUUCAAAGCUCUUCUAUACAAGAGAUAUACACAUUACAUGCGAAACCGAUGGCUAUUGUUUUUAUUAAUCGUGCUGCCAUCUCUGUUUGUGACUGUUGCGAUGGGUUUCGCGACAAUUCGUCCGCCUGCCGACAAUGAGGUGUCGCUUAAACUAGACCCUACUCUUUAUGAACCGACCACAGACUAUUUAAUCCCUCGUCCUACGCAAUACUUUUAUGAGAGCGAUAUAUUAGCGCGAGAAGUCAUGGCCAUAUUACAACACGAACAACAUUCACGAAACUGGACUAGUGAUGAUUCUUUAAUAUGCAAAUGUGUCGAUUCGAGACAGCAGUGCGAAAUUACAGAAAAUGUAUCUCGCCCGAAUCAAAUGCUUUUGCCUGACGUCGACACUCUUAAUGAGUGGCUAGUGACGUCACAGCAGGUUUAUAUUGAAAAGAGAUAUGGCGGAUACUCUUCAUCUCUGGCGAACAACAUCACGAAUCUGAUCUCUUGGUAUAACAAUAAGGGCCACCACGCUCUUCCAGCCUACCUUAACCACUUGAACCGUGCCUUACUAAGAGCCGCGUCAGGAGAUGAGGAGGCCAAUCUGACUUUGUACACACAUCCACUUAAGAUUUCGAACGAACAACUCAAUAAGGAUAAUGUGUACCAGCACAUAGCUGACGCAGGUAUAUCGGCGAUGCUCUUGAUCGGGUACAGCCUGGUGAGCGCCGGCGCUGCCAUCUACCUCGUCACAGAGCGAAUGGACAAACAGAAACGCCUGCAGCUACUCUGUGGAGUGUCGCCGACCCUCUACUGGUCUACGGCACUUUUCUGCGAUAUGUUGGUAAUAGUGAUAAACAUGGCGAUCACGGUGGUUAUUCUGAAGAUAUUUAACUUCCCGGUAUUCGUUGCGAGGAACAAUCUACCCGCUAUUUGUGUCCUCACACUUUUGUAUGGAUUCGCAUGCUCCGGAGUAGUGUACGUUGCAGAGAAAUUCUUCACCGAAGCAAGUCUGGCGAACAUGGUGCUGUUUUGUGGCAACACCUUUGUCGCACUUAGUGGGAUAGCUCUGCUUCUCGUAUUGGACAUCAUUUCUGACUCUGAUGAAACAGAUCAUGCUCGUUGGGUGCUUCAUAAAAUCUUCAUGCUAAGUCCGCAAUUCGUGUUAGCAGAUGGUUUACUUGAGAUCGCGAAGAAUACAAUUCAAGCGCAGGUCUUGGGUGCAUUUGGUAUGGAUACAUAUAGACAACCAUUUGGUAGUAAUCUCGUGCUGUACCAUUACAUCGCUCUAAUAGCUGUCGGCGCUCUUCUCUUCCUGCUCAACCUUGCAAUUGAAUACCACUACUUCGAUGACCUUAUCACUAGGUUUGGACCUCGAUAUAAGAAGUGCCGAAAUAAGGGAGUGUUAGAACAAGAUGUACAGCGUGAAGAAAGGCGCGUCACGGCUGCUGUUGCGCCUCUUCGUUUGCGCACCAUUGGAAAUAUCAAUGCCGGUUUCGUAGACUCAAAAGAAGACUUGAAGAGCAACUCCCUCAAACGGUCUACGCUGACUGGGAUCGGAUCUAGUGAUGUAAUAUCGUGCGUACACGUAAGCAGACUCUACCCAGCUGCGAGUGGGUACCGGAUCGCGGUGGAUGAUCUGACCCUGGGAAUACCACCCUCGGAGUGUACCGCGUUACUAGGGCAGAACGGCGCCGGUAAGUCCAGCACCUUUUCGAUGCUGACUGCAGAGCUUCGACCAUCAGCAGGGCAAAUUUACUUUAAAGAUGAGCCUGUUAACCAACGGGAUCUAUGUCAAGGACUUAUAAGUUAUUGCCCUCAACGUGAUGCACUAGACUCUCUUCUGACAGUGAGGGAAACGCUGCAAUUCUUCUGCACCCUGAGAGGUCUCACCAGUCAAGAUGAGAUAAUAAAGAGGACAAUGGAACAGUUUGAGCUGGUGAAAUAUUCGGAGGUCCGUUGCGGUGAACUUAGUGGUGGCAACAAGCGGAAAGUGUGCACUGCGGUCGCGUUUAUGGGUAGAAAUCCGCUUGUAUUGUUAGAUGAACCCACCAGUGGCAUGGACCCCGGUUCCCGAACGUGCGUGUCUUCGGGCUGGGCCCGAGCGUGCGCUCACGGGCGAGCUGUGCUCGUGUCGACGCAUGCGCUGCAAGACGCGCGUCGAGCAGACCGAGUGGCUUUACUGAAGGAGGGCAGUUUGGCAGCUUUAGCACCGCUACACGAGAGUUUAGCUAGGUUUGGCGGUGGGUACGUGGUGUGCACAAGAGUGUGCGACGGCUUCGCCCCAGCGCGUGACGUGUGGCACCGCGUCUCGGAGCUCAUUCCUCACGCCACUCUUACGGUCGCACACGCGACCGCUAUUCAUUUUAUUGUUCCUACACUUGUCACAGUGGAUGAAAAGGAGGUAUUAACUCCUGUAAGCAUGGUUUUCCACGUGAUGAGUGAUCUUCAACGCGAGGGACUUGUCGAGGACUUCACUCUCAACCAGACCUCGCUUGAACAGAUGUUCCUAAAGAGUAACGGUGACGCUAACACAUUCAGUCUCGAGUCUUCCUCAUCACUCUGUCCCUCAUCCGAAUCGUCACUCAAUGGGAACACAUAUCGACGGGCCAGCGAAGAUCUCAGCAUUGUUACCGCGCUUUAG